AUGCCUCCGCAGCAGGAAAGAUGGAUGAUCUGGAACGACAGCCCGCACCACUAUUGUUAUGAACGAUCCCUGUUCUUCAACCUCGACGAAGACCCCUCUGCUGAUAGCACGAAGGAUUUCGUGGUGUUGGGGAAGGGUGACGUCGUAAUCCCCAUCAUAGGAAGCGCAAAACUCACCGCCAUCCGCCUCCGAGAUGUUUUCUACUACAAGACCGACAACCCACGAAACAUCAUCAACCUUAAAGCCCUGCAGCAAGACUAUCCUAAGUUGGUCCUGAGUCAGACUGUCAAGAUUGGGACCCACGGCACUGCCAUUGAGCAUGUCGAUGAGCCUGGAAAGGCGCUGUUUAUUGUGGACGAGUACGAUGCCGAGCGUUAG